AGCAAGCGAGUUGAGGCAGACCGCCUACAUCUGAAGCUAACCAGCCCUUAAGGACGGUCAGGCGCAUAGUAGUGUGGGAACUGAGUUCAUUCAUAGACUGGCCCGCAUCUUUCAAAAUAAGGCCUUGCCCAAAGAUUAAGUGUUGUGUUGUGUUCCAAACAUCAGUGAUUUUUGUGAUCGCCGAAAAAGGACUACUAGUAUAUCAUUAAUGCGAUAUAAUCUCAAGAUAGGAGCUACAGAGCAUAACAAAUAUGGAGGUUUCCAUGCUAUAUAUAGUCUUAGAAAUACUGAUUUUCAUGGUGCUUGAAAUACACGCGAUAGUGCCCACAGACACUUCAUAUUCGAGUAACGGUUAUGGCUUGGAUAAUUUCGAAAGUAUAACAGCAGUCGCAAAUAGUACCCUAGUACUACAGUGUCCACACAGAGGCAGAAUACAGUGGAAAUUACUGAACGACGCUGGCACCAUAAGAGGAAAAUUAUUGAAGGCGGAUUCAGAUUCGUAUGAAUUCCGACCAGUGACCGCCCAAGACAAAGGCAUUUACGGUUGUUUCACGAACGAAUCUUUCGUCGUCAAAAAAUACAACUUGACCAUAUUCGAAGCCCCUCACUUCACCAAAAAGAUGCAAAAACUGGUGGUCAAACCGGCGGGGAACAUGGUCAGGUUGACCUGUAAGGCUGGGGGUAUUCCACCACCCAAUAUUACAUGGUACAGAGAUGACAGGUCACCACCCAAAAGGGAACUGGGGGAAAUAAAAAUUAAUCAUUGGUCUUUGACCCUGGAGGACACUGUCACGAACGACAAAGGAAAUUACACUUGCGUUGUGUGUAACGUUGUUGGUUGCAUUAAUUUCACCUUUAUUGUGGACGUCGUUGAGCGUUAUCCGUCAAAACCGUACAUAAAAGAAGGAUAUCCCCAAAACUUAACAGUUGUGGAAAAUCAAACGGCGAUUUUUCAAUGUCCUCAAAUAAUUGUCGAUCUCGAGCCAUUCAUACAAUGGAUACGACUUCCUAAUAAUUCCGAAAGUUACAACUACACCAAUAAUACAUGGAUAUUAGAGAAUAAUAACGCCCUCAAUACAAAUAGUGAAACGUAUCAAAUUACCAAUGUGACACACGAAGACGAGGGAUGGUAUGCUUGUUUUGCUUCCAACAGCCUUGGUACUACCAUGUCUAAGGCCUAUCUACAAGUCGUGGACAAGGAACCUGAUAUUUUAGGUUUUAACGAUGAACCUACGAACUUCUUUACUAUAGGAAUAGUAGCUGCCAUAGGAGCAGUCAUAGUGAUUUCUGUCAUAACCUUUAUGUGCAUACACUUUAGACAGAAAAUUAAACGUGAAAAAAGAGAGAAGAUGAUAGCUGUAGAGACAGCUAGAGCUGCCAUCAAAACAACUCAAUGGACCAAAAAAGUUAUUAUCGAAAAAAUGACGAACGCUUCUGAAAAUGUCUCUGAACCCUUGCUGAUGCCAGUUGUGAAGAUUGAAAAACAAAAAUCCCAAGCAAAUAAUUCAGGAGACAGCGCCAUCUCGGAAUACGAGCUUCCAAUGGACUCCGAUUGGGAAAUACCUAGGGAUAUGCUUUGCCUAGGUAAAAACCUUGGGGAAGGUGCUUUUGGUAAGGUCGUGAAAGCCGAAGCUAUGAAUCUUCUCAAACCUGGAAGCACCAGCGUUGUAGCAGUCAAAAUGUUAAAAGAGGGUCACACGGAUAAUGAAAUGAUGGAUUUGGUCUCGGAAAUGGAAAUGAUGAAGAUGAUAGGAAAACAUAUAAAUAUAAUAAAUCUGCUAGGUUGCUGUACACAGGGCGGUCCAUUGUAUGUGGUUGUAGAGUAUGCUCCACAUGGAAACCUUCGUGACUUCUUGAGGCAACACAGACCUUCUUCAGGAUACGAGUUAGCUGUUGGUGAUAAGAAAGAGAAGAAAACUCUUACCCAGAAAGAUCUGGUGUCCUUUGCUUACCAAGUGGCAAGAGGAAUGGAAUAUUUGGCUUCGAGACGGUGUAUCCACAGAGACUUGGCAGCCAGAAACGUUUUGGUCAGUGAUGACUAUAUUUUGAAAAUCGCUGAUUUUGGUCUAGCCAGAGAUAUCCACUGCAACGACUACUACAGAAAGACCACAGAUGGAAGAUUGCCGGUGAAAUGGAUGGCACCAGAAGCUCUUUUCCACAGAGUCUAUACUACGCAAUCCGAUGUCUGGUCCUAUGGAAUUCUCUUAUGGGAAAUUAUGACCUUAGGAGGCACGCCAUAUCCUUCCGUCCCAAGCGUCGAAAAGCUUUUCCAACUGCUACGGAACGGCCACAGGAUGGAGAAACCCCCGUGCUGCUCGUUGGAAAUAUACAUGUUGAUGAGGGAGUGUUGGAGUUAUCAACCAAACGAGCGUCCGGUAUUUGCCGAGUUAGUCGAAGACCUCGAUAGGAUAUUAACCAUCACAGCUAACGAAGAAUAUCUAGAUCUAGGCCUUCCACAACUCGACACUCCACCAUCAAGUCAAGAGUCCAGUUGUGACGAAGAUUUCCCGUUUCCUCAGAUAAGCUAGUCGUUGUUUAAUAAGUUCGCUUUGUGUCAUAAGCUUUUGUGAAAGCCAUAGUACGCAAAAUCGUUGUCAGUAUUAAGUGUAACCCUGGAUGUCUAUGGUCAGUGGGAUGCUGUCAAAAUGACACCGUCAAAUGUAGAGGUGGACGGGAUAUUGAAGCAAAGUUGUCAAAAGUAAUUUGUUCAGUGACAUUUAAGUUUAUUUAUUAGGUCAGAGUGGCAGACGGAAAUUCUACCAUGAGUGGUACCAAAAAGUGUAAAGGACAAGCUGUAAAACAGUCAUUUUGUGGGAAGUAGUACCAAAUAUUGAUGAUAUUCGAACGGAGGGAAAUUCUGUGUCAUAAAGUAGAUUUAGUUAUGGAAUUAACCUUAUGGAUGUAUUUUGUUUUUAAUUAUAGUUUCACCAAAGAAAUCUUAUUGUCAGACAAUAAAUCAAUAGUGUAAUUUUUAACAUUUAACUUAAGGAUAAAGCUCUCUCUCACUUUUUACCUUUCACGUUUUGGAAAUAACGCAAUUUAAAAAUUGUUAAGACUGUAUAUUAUAAUUAAUUGUA